AUGCAUCGUACGUAUUCCAUGCGCCAUUCCCGGGCGCCUACGGCUUCACAGGUUGAAAACCCACCCCCUCCGCUUUCGACCACCAAAACGAGUAGGAUCUUUGGAGGCGGCAGCUUAGCGGCGUCGACGUCGGCUUGGUCGUCUCAUGCGUUAGGCGCAAAGCUCGAAUCGGUGCCGCCUGCCGUUCUUUCACAAUACUACCCUGAAUCUACCAAAGAUUUCUUAGCGGAUAACGCUGGGUCACUCUGGUCUCAUUGUCAUGCCUUCCGAAAAUCAGCCGCCGGAGCGUUCGGCCCUGACCUAGCGAAAAAGCUCUCACAGCUUGUUAAAAUGGAAAAGAAUGUAAUGAGAAGCAUGGAGCUGGUCGGGAGGGAGCGGAUGGAAGUGGCUCAACAACUCUCGAUUUGGGGCGAAGGUUGUGAUGAGGACGUAUCGGACGUCACUGAUAAACUCGGAGUUUUAAUAUACGAAGUUGGCGAGCUGGAAGAUCAAUUGGUUGACCGAUAUGACCAAUACCGUGUUACGAUCAAAAGUAUUCGCAAUAUUGAGGCAUCAGUGCAACCAAGCAGAGACAUUUUGGAGCAAGAAUUGGUCAGAGCAGAAGCGGAAUCUCUUGUCGCAGAGGCACAGCUCUCAAAUAUCACUCGCGAGAAAGUCAAAUCCGCCUUCAGUUAUCAAUUCGAUUCUCUUCGGGAACAUUGUGAAAAGCUAGCUAUCAUUGCUGGUUAUGGAAAACACCUUCUCGAAUUGAUCGACGACACUCCCGUGACGCCUGGCGAGACACGGCCUGCUUAUGAUGGUUAUGAAGCGAGCAAAGCGAUUAUCCAAGACUGUGAAGAAGCACUAACUAAUUGGGUCUCAUCCAAUGCCGCUGUCAACUCCAAGCUAUCGGCCCGAUCACGUACACUCUCCCAGAGGCGUCGUAGCAACAUGGGUAGGAGUCGAGAUGGUGUGGAUCUAGCGGGUCAGGACCUGCCGAUGCGAGGCGAUAGAGACUCUUGGGUUCAAGCCCAGGAACACUCCGGAUACUCUCAAUCCCACGCCGAAGAAGAAUACGAUGGCGAUGAAGUGGUUGCAAGCGGCGAGAUUGAUAGCCGGACAGAAGAAAGACUGGCCGAGUGA